AUGGCGACUCCACGGCGCGCUGGACGUCAGAAGACUCAGCUACCGCCCUGCUAUUAUGAAGGCUACCUGGAAAAGAGAUCUUUCAAAGACAAGGUGCCUCGCCGACUUUGGACAUGCCUGUGUGGAAACACGCUAUUUUUCUUCAAUAACACAAAGGAAGCAGAUUAUGUGGAAAAGCUGGAUCUUAGUGGCGUUAUCUCUGUGAGUGAUGACUCUAGCCAUGAUCGUAACCUGGAGGCUGCCAGGUUCAACCUGCACAUGAAAGAUGGAGAUAUGAAAGUUACGGCUCCUAGCCUGGAGGCUCGAGAGCUGUGGAAAGGCUUCAUACUCUCCGUGGUUAAGCUUGAAGUGCCCAGUUCUUUGAACUUGCUGCCAGGUCCAAUUCACAUGAUGAGAGAGACGGUGGAAAAGGAGAAAGAGAGACAACAGUCUUUCCCUGUUUCCGCCCCAACUCCAUCUGACUACGUCCCCUUGGUGCCUGACAUGCCCGCGUGUUUCCAGCAGGUCUCACGGACGGAGGCCGAGCUUCUCCUGGAGAGGAACCCAAAGUGCGGAAACCUGUUGCUUCGGCCAGGCCGCGAUGGCAGCUCCUUUGCCAUAACCACACGACAGGAGCUCAACGGCUCUGUGUUCAGACACUAUCGCGUGACACGAAGACCUGAGGGAGGUUUUGCUAUUGAAGUGGAGAAUCGGAUUCCCUGUGCCACACUGCAUGAUGUUGUAACUCAUCUAAUAGAGAGGACAGGAGGGACUCUGCAACCCUUCAUAAUGGAGAAACCAUACGAAGAAAGUAUCACCUUCGUCCAGGCAAAUGAGGAGAGUGGAGAGAAAACUUUGAUGUCAACCUCUGCUAGGCCCAUUUCCACUGUGCCUAAACCUCCCCCUAAACCAGUUCCCAGAGAACGUAAGCACACACCCGAACCUCCUUCAUACCCAGAAGAAAAUAUUUACCUCAACGUAUCACAGGAUGAGGAAGACGAAAGCACUCCUGUACCUCCUCCAGUUGCACCACGUCUUCCAGCACCCCGGAAGCCAGCAGCCCAGCUUUCCUCCACCACAGACGAUUGCCUGGAUCAGACGGCUACGAGGCCUCUGCGUCCUGUUCCGUUCCCUCGCAGUGCGUCAGACGCCUCUGAAAUCAAACACAGACCAGCUGCCGCACUCGCCACACCUGAAUCCCUCGCGUCCGGUUUGUCUGAGGAGCUCAAGUUAAAGUUGGAGAAAAGACGAGUGGUUUACGACAGCUGA